UUCAUACAAAAAUAAAUGUCAGGGUUUUAUUUUGAAACCGGAAGUGAUAUUUUUCCCUUGACGCUGGCUCUCCGGUUCCGUAAGCUGCUCCCGGUGAUAAGUAACGGACGGGUCAGAGAGACAGUCGUCCUCGUCACAUUCCGUAGCGAGGACUUGCGCUCAGCGGACGUUGCUAACCGGGGGUCUCUUUCUUCACUAACACCGCCCAGCUGUGAAGCCGACCAGCGGACAGACAUGAUGAUGAUCUCCCCCUGGGACCGCUGGUUCUCCACCAGCUGCUGUCUGUGCUGCCAUGUCCGCACAGGAACCAUCAUCCUGGGGGUCUGGUACAUGCUCAUCAACGCCGUGGUGUUACUCAUCCUGCUCACAGCGCUCAGUGAUCCCGAGCAGUACCACCUGACCAGCGCCGAGUUGGCUAAUGACCUGGAUGUCAUGGAUGACGCCAACAUGUGCAUUGCCUCAGCGAUCUCCCUGCUGAUGAUACUCAUAUGUGGGAUGGCAACAUAUGGAGCAUACAAGCUGCGUGCCGCCUGGAUCAUCCCAUUUUUCUGCUACCAAAUAUUUGACUUUGCUCUCAACACCCUGGUUGCUGUCAGCAUUGUGGUUUACCCAAACACGAUCCAGGACUACCUGCAGCAACUGCCUGAUAACUUCCCCUACAAAGAGGAGAUCGCUGCCCUCAGUAAUUUAUGCUUGGUGCUCAUCGUGCUGCUCUUCAUCGGCUCUAUUCUCGGCUUCAAGGCCUACCUGAUAGCAUGUGUGUGGAACUGCUACAGAUAUGUGAGCAGCCGAGGAACUUCUGAAAUCCUGCUCUAUGUCACGACCAAUGACACCACGGUGCUGCUUCCUCCGUAUGAUGACAGCGUCAGCGUCCUUCCCAAGAAGGCUCCUCCACCGUACACCACCGCUACAGCAUGAAAACAUUCCCAGCAUCCUGCCGUAAUAAUAAAACCCCAGCAAGAUUUAUGCACCACACUGCCUCUCCAGUGUACAGUAUAUUCAUGGAUAUAUUGUAGCUACACAAACAUUACAGUACACCCAUGCAUGCACAUAUAAAAUCUUCUCACACACACAUGCACACACCUCUACCACCACGUGACCUCUCAUCCCCCCUCCUGUUAUUUAUUGAUGACCUUUCUGUUUCUAUAAUUCCAGACAUGAUGUGCAUUUUAAUGCAUUUGACCUGGGUGCAAUAAGGCACUAGAAAGUUUGAUAGAUUCUAUAUAUUUGUAUUAAUUAUAUUUAAGCUGUGUGUGUACCUGUAAUAGUAUUUUAUGUAUCCUACCUUUGAUAGUCAUAUCUAACAUAUGCACAAAUGCAAAAAUGACGAUCUUUCUGCCCACAGUAACGAGUGAUCGUCACGUGUUUCCUGUUUGUCUCUUCUCGGCUCGUGAUCAGGGUUGGAUUGCCUUUAUUCGUAACUUUCUCUCUUGAGGGGUGCCCUUUUAUAGAUCCAUGUGUGAAGUGUCAUCUUGACUGGAAGUUCUCCCAAAGAAAUGCAUCUGCCUGUAUUCUGACAUGAUCUAAGAGCAACCUAGUGUAUAUCGAACAUAUCACCUUCUUUUACCGCUUUAUUCCAACUACAAACAGAAUUGUGUUGUGUUAUAAAAAGUGUUGAGUUGUGCUGGUUGACCUUCAUAACUUUUAAAUGUAACUGUGUGUUUCUACUGAUUGACGAGAAAUGUCUUGGGCUGCUAUUUAUCUAUUUUGACAGCACAGAAGUAGCGCUGGUCUGGAAUCAGUUUGCUCUUUGAAGUCACUAUGAAUGAGUUGCUCGAGGGACCCCGGUGCAAUGACUCGAGAUCGGGCCUGUCUACGUUCAGGAGCUCAAUAAACCUGGUUGUGUUUUUUCAAUUAAACCGAUGAGAGCUUCUGGUCUGUGUAAACACACAAAGUCUGCUCCACCAGAUGUAGUUAUUGGCAAGCUGCUUCCUGGACACAAAAUGUCCUAUAAGGACACAAAAGUCAAACCUGAGGGCUGCUGCUGUAUGAAAAGUAAAGAUGUGACAUUUAUUUGUCUAUUAAAGUCUAAUUUCACUGGAA